AUUGUAUCUCAGAGUUCGGUCGCGUUAGCACGCACACAUCUCUCUUAUCAGUAAUAUCAUAUGUAUUAUACACACUAGUGUUUAUAUUUACAUAAAUCAUGUGUACCAAGUGGAUGGAUGACCCUGAAAUCCAAAGGUUUAGGGAAUAUUUGAAAAUACCCAGUGUGCAUCCUGAUAUCGACUAUGACGACUGCGUGGCCUUCUUAAUGAAGCAAGCGUUAGAGCUCGACCUCCCUAUAGCUGUAUACGAGGUGGUACCAAGCAAACCAGUGGUGGUGAUCACGUGGGCCGGCACGGAACCCAAUCUACCUUCCAUCCUGCUCAACUCUCAUAUGGAUGUGGUGCCUAUUUACGAGGAACAUUGGACCCAUCCUCCGUUCGCAGCAACCCUCACGGAAGAUGGCUUCAUCUUCGCCCGGGGGACCCAAGACAUGAAGGGCAUAGGGAUGAUGCACCUAGAAGCUGUGAGGAGGCUGAAGAGUGCCGCAGUCAGGCUUAAGAGGACCGUGCAUAUCAGUUUUGUACCAGAUGAAGAAAUCGGCGGUGUGGUCGGCAUGAAGAGUUUUACCGAAACAGAGGAUUUUAAGUCAUUAAAUGUUGGUUUUUGUUUGGAUGAGAGCAUGCCCUGCGAUGACAACGCGAUUUAUGCGUUCAAUGGAGAGAGAACCAAUCGAGAAAUCAAAGUAACCUGCAGAGGGACACCCAUGCAUGGAGCUGAACUUUUACCAGGCACUGCUGGGGAGAAGUUACAUUUCAUAAUAGACAAGUUCAUGAAGUUCCGUGAAGAGGAGAGGAAAAAAGUGGCCGCAGGUACACCGCUGGGGGAAGUCACGACUGUUAACUUGACUCAAGUAGAGGGUGGAGUGCAAAUAAAUGUAAUACCAGAAAAUUUGUCAGUAUCGUUUGACAUAAGAGUUGCACCAGAAAGGGACCAUGACGAAUUUGAGGAAAUGAUAACCAGAUGGUGUAAGGAGGCAGGAGAGGGGGUCACUUUCGAAUAUUUUGUCAAGAAUCCCUUAGUGAAAAGUACUAGGACAGAUGAAAGUGUACCCUUUUGGGCAGCCCUUAAGGAAACUGUUGAACAUAUGGGCAUAGAACUUCGUUGCAUCAUCUGCCCGGGAGCAACAGACGCGCGCUACGUGCGCCGCCGGGGUAUCCCCGCUAUCGGCUUCUCUCCCAUCUCCAGCACGCCCAUGCUGCUGCACGCUCAUGAUGAGAGGAUACACGUGAAGGUCUUCAAACGAGGGAUUGACGUUAUGGAGAAGACAGUGUUAGCCGUGGCUAAUGUGUAAUCUAUUUCUAAGUUUCAUCGUCAUUUGCUCAUUGAGACUUGCUUAUUAUAUUUUUUUGUUUAAUUGAUUUAAUGCUAUCAAGUACACUGCACCCUCUUACAUCACUUCUUUCUGUUUCAUCCAAACGCUGGAAUAAUUUAGUGAUAAGUCCGUCUUUGCCCUCAUUUAUGUUCGAAUACUUUGUCAUUAUUUAUGUUUUUCUGUAACUGGUGCAAUAAUGAGUUCAUUUCUCUAUUUGCAAUUAUGCUUAUUUACAAUAUUUUUACUGACGUUACAUUCAACUUGAAGAGCUUAAUGAAUAUAUGAGCAGAGAACAUAAUAUUCAGCCUUUUCUAGAAACCCAAUAAAACGCUAUCAAUAAAACCCAAUAAAAAGCUUUAUUAUGUGCCAUGUGUAUUAAAUAAACCACUAUUGUUUUU